AUGCAUAGAAUAUUUGCUACUUUGUUUUCUGAAGAACCAUUAGUAUUUCCAGAACAAGAUGAAGAACAUGUUGAAAAAAAGAAUGAGGACCAACUCGAAGCAUUACAAGAUCUUCAUGCUUCAUAUGCUCAACCGAUAAAAUGUUCACAUCAAACGAAUUCAAAAAAGUUUUCUGGUAUGAAAAAUUCUAUAUCGAUUUUAAAACAACGUGAAAUUGGUUUAAUUAAUUUUCAUCGAUAUCCUGAAGCACGAUAUCGUUUAAUGAAUAGGUAUUUAUAUUGCGAAGUAGUCGCUUCUAUGACAAAACCAACAUUUUGUGGUCAAUUUUCCGAUGAUGGACAACGUUUUAUCAGUGCUUGUCAAGAUUACUGUAUUCGUCUUUAUGAUACAUCCUCAUCACGAACAUUUAAUCGACUAGCAGAAAUUGAACUUGAUGAUGUCGGUUGGUCUGUAUUGGAUACAGCUUUAUCACCUGAUCGAAAUAGUGUUGCUUAUUCAACAUGGUCACAUAACAUUUACUUGGUAAAAUUAGAUGAAAAUCAAUGUCCACCAAAUAUUAUACCAUUAUAUUUACAACCUCAUGCAAAUAAUUUUUCAGUAUUUUCUUUACAAUAUUCUGUUGAUGGUAAAGAAAUAAUUUGUGGUGCAAAUGAUACAUGUGUAUAUAUAUUUGAUCUUCAAAAACAAAAACGAACACUACGUGUUUUAGCUCAUCAAAAUGAUGUUAAUGCUGUUCGUUUUAUUGAUAAUUCAAAUUCUUUAGUUGUUAGUGGUUCUGAUGAUGGUCUUGUUUUAGUUUGGGAUAGACGAGCAUUAAAUGAAUCUCAACCUAAACCAGUUGGAAUAUUUGCUGGCCAUACAAGUGGAAUAACUUUUGUACAUAGUCGUAUGGAUUCAAGAUAUUUAAUAUCGAAUUCUAAAGAUCAAACUAUUAAAUUAUGGGAUAUGCGUCGUUUUGCUAAUAAUGUAACAAUACAAAAAAGUCGUACUGUAUCAAAUGCCAUUAAUCGUGUUUGGGAUUAUCGAGCUGGUGUACAACCACAAACACUUCAAAGACAUGAUAUAACAGGUGAUCCAAGUGUAUGCACAUAUCGUGGACAUUCUAUUGGUUAUACACUUAUACGUUGUUAUUUUUCACCAUCAUUUACAACAGGACAACGAUAUAUUAUUACUGGAUCAUCUGAUGGUUGUAUAUAUAUCUAUGAUGUUCUUACCGGUGCUAUUGAACGAUGUCUUCGUAUACGAAAUAAUCAAUAUGGUGCAGGAAGAGAUAAAUGUGUACGAGAUGUAGCUUGGCAUCCUUUUGAAAAUUAUAUUAUAUCAACAUCAGUGAGUUUUCUUAAUGCUUUCUUCAUUUGA